GGAACCUGACCAACUCCAACGGUCAUUUUCAAAUAACAACGAGCAACAAAGAGGCGCGCAUAUUCUCGAGCCCUCGAUUUUGCCUACUAAAAUCCAAGUCGCAUGGUCCUGUAAAAUCGCGACCCAAAAAAUGGAUGCCUUCAAGCUCUUGACGCGAGCGACCAAAUUGAAGACCGGUACCGCUAGUAGUACCUCCUCUUCAGCCCUGCCCUCUAAAGGGAAGGCGCAAACCCCCCAGCUGUUCCACGCCUCGGAGGCCGAGGAACUGCUGCGGAAGAAUGGUGGCCUCAGUGCCAGCGCUAACAAAAAGCGCAAGAGAACCCAUGCGCCGGCCGCGGCGUCGGAUUCGGAGAACGAUGAUGACGACGACGACCUGCCAGGGUUAGAUUUCUUCGGCGCAGGCAAAAGCUCGGCCUCGACGGCCAAGAAGGAGCGGGCUGCGGCGGCCAAGGAGCAGGAGGUGGAGGAGGAAGAGGAAGAGGGCGAGUCGAUGGAUGAAGUACAGCGGCGCACGAUCUUGAACACGCACAAGAUUAAGGUCACGGACAUGCGGGACCUGGAGGAGGUGCAGCAAGCGGCGGCAGCGCCGGCGGCGGCGGAGGGGGAUGAGUCCAAGAAGAAAAAGAAGAAGAAGAGAAAGCAAGAAAACGAGAGCUCCUCGUCGGCGCAACCGCUCACGAAGAAGGAGCUGAAGAAGGCACGCCAGUUGUUCCCGCAACCUUUGGUCUCAUUCAAGGAGCUGCGCACCAGGUACAACAUCUCCCGCCGGCUGGCGGAGAACAUCGCCGAGCAAGGGUUUACGGUCCCCACGGAGGUUCAGUUGGGCAGCUUGCCUUUGUUGCUGGGGGACCAGUCGGUCGCCCAGAAGGCGGGUACGACGGGCACUGUCGAGCCUGAUCUUCUGGUGGUGGCGCCGACGGGCAGUGGUAAGACGUUGUCUUUCAUGAUUCCCGUCAUCAACAAGAUUGUUCGACACCAUCACCAGCAGCAGGAGGAGCGUGGUAUCUUCGCUGUUGUUGUUGCUCCGACGAAGGAGCUUGCCAGUCAGAUCGUCAAUGAAGGACGGAAACUGGCGCUCGGAACUGGUGUCAAGAUUACUCUGAUGAAGAAGGGUAUGCGCGUUGUCGAACGCGACGAUGAGGGCGCCGACGCUAAGGAUGUUCUGGAUGAGCAAAGUGAGGAGGAAUCUUCUGGAUCCGAGGACGAGGAGCAAGAGACGGAGAAGAGCAGCAAGGGGAAAGCCCCCGUUACCAAGAGUGACAUCCUCGUCACGACGCCAUUGAUGUUGGUUAAUGCACUUUCGGCAAACAAGACCAAGCCCAUGGCGACCUUGCCUUUGGUAAGGAACAUUGUCCUGGAUGAAGCCGAUGUCCUGUUAGACCCUCUCUUCCGCGAGCAAACGCUCGAUAUCUGGCGAGCAUGCACGCACCCUGAUCUCCGGGCAAGCCUGUGGUCUGCUACCAUGGGCUCAAACAUCGAAGACCUGGCCAAAUCUACCAUCAAGGAGCGCAAAGAUAUGUUGAGCACGACCAAGUCGUAUCCUCUCCUCCGUCUCGUUGUGGGACUGAAGGACUCCGCUAUCCCGAACAUCAAACACAAGCUGGUCUAUGCCGCAACAGAGCAAGGAAAGCUGCUGGGUCUCAGACAACUCCUCCACCCUGCGGCAGCAGCGGCGUCGGAUGUUCGUCUUCGACCCCCCUUCCUCAUUUUCACCCAGACUAUUCCUCGUGCCAUUGCCCUCCAUUCCGAACUGCGCUACGACAUUCCUGCUGAAGCCGGAGGCUCUUCGCGCAUCGCCGUUCUUCACUCCGAUCUGUCCGACAACCAGCGGUCCGACAUCAUGAGACUGUUCCGCAAGGGCGAGAUCUGGAUUCUUGUGACGACCGAUUUGCUAGCUCGUGGUGUUGACUUCCGAGGCAUCAAUGGUGUGGUCAACUACGAUAUCCCCAAUUCCGCCGCCGUGUACGUCCACCGUGUCGGACGAACAGGCAGAGCGGGCCGUGAAGGCGGCAUCGCAGUGACAUAUUACACCAAGGAAGAUAUUCCCUAUGUCAAGAGUAUCGCCAAUGUCAUCAACGUCAGUGAAAAACUACGCGGGACAACGGAGGAGAAGUCUGUACAAAAAUGGUUGCUGGACGCGCUCCCCGACCUCAGUAAGAAGAGCAAGCAAGAGUUGAAGAAGCACGGUGUCAAGGCCCGACAAUCCAAGAAGGACGGCAAAGAGGACAAGAAGACGAGAAUCAGCACCAAGAGUGGUUACGAACGACGGAUGGAGAACAAGAGAAAGGGCGCAAUCGAAGCCAGCCGAACCAGAAAGUCCGACCCACGAUCGGCCGUUGCAGAUGCUGCCAGCGACAACGAGGCCUGGGAUGGUCUCGACGACUAGUGCCCAUCCCUGUACCAAAAGCAAAUUUUCCAAUCAAACUACUCGC